UGGGGUGAAGUCUCGCGGAGAAACAGACCGGCCAUUUUUCUUCAGUUGGAGUAGGACAGUUCACGCUCUGGCAGUGAAGCUGACAGUGUCGCGAUCACUUUGAUAAGCUUGCAACUUUUGACAAGUUGAAUUUUUGUGUCCAAGCAUCUAAAUUGACAACAAACUGAAAACAAACCAUGUUUGUGUGCACUGCUGGAGAGUUUAUCCGCUGACAUCUUUCUCCGGAUAGAUGCUCUAAAAACUCGGUACAAAUGGAAAUGGUGCCUAGCGAGGAGACCCAGUUCGUACCCAAAGAGCGGGUGUUUUGGAGUUGCAGCCAGAAUAUCUUUGAUGAAAUAAAGAGACGCUCUCAGAUCCACAAUGCAGCUGAGGAGCCCAGGGUGCUGUGCAUCAUUCAGGACACCACCAGUGCAAAGACGGUCAAUGAGAGGCUGACCCUCAACUUGCCAGCUUCCACCACUCUCUCCAAACUCUACGAGGACGUCGCUCACAAAGCUGGAUACAUAAAAGGCACUUUUGACCUCGCCUGGGGAAACGUUCUGGACAUGGCUCCACUGGAACAUAACAGUGAGAUGUCGCUUUCAGAGUCUGGAUUUGAUUCGGGCGGGAAGAGGAAUUUCCUCCAGCUCACGGAUAGAGACGGAGAACAGCCUCAAAUUGCAUCGGAUGAGUCUGGAGCGGCAGAUAGCAGUGGCCUGGAGGACAGUUCCCAGGAGCGAUUUAUUGGUCCCCUACCAAGAGAUGGCAGUGCAUGUGGCAGUGGUGACUACAGCAGUCCAUCGUAUUCAUACUCAUCUAUCCUCAGCAAAUCAGAUACAGGUUAUGUUGGCUUGGUUAACCAAGCAAUGACUUGUUAUUUAAAUAGCCUUCUGCAAACACUCUACAUGACCCCCGAGUUUAGAAAUGCACUCUACAACUGGGAAUUUGAGGAUUCUGAGGAGGAUCCUGUCACCAGUAUUCCCUACCAGCUGCAAAGGCUAUUCGUUUUGCUCCAGACAAGUAAGAAGCGGGCAAUCGAGACCACAGACGUAACGCGGAGCUUUGGCUGGGACAGCAGCGAGGCUUGGCAGCAACACGAUGUUCAGGAGCUAUGCAGGGUCAUGUUCGAUGCCUUAGAGCAGAAGUGGAAGCAGACAGAGCAGGCUGAUCUGAUCAACCAGCUGUACCAGGGGAAGCUGAAGGAUUAUGUUCGGUGUUUGGAGUGUGGCUACGAAAGCUGGAGAAUUGACACGUACCUGGACAUCCCUCUUGUGAUCAGACCCUUUGGAGCUAGCCAGGCAUAUGGCAGUGUGGAGGAAGCUUUGCAAGCAUUCAUCCAGCCAGAAACCCUGGACGGGCCAAACCAGUACUUUUGUGAACGCUGUAAAAAGAAAUGCGAUGCACGAAAGGGUUUAAGGUUUCUGCACUUUCCCUACCUGCUGACUUUACAGCUGAAAAGGUUUGACUUUGACUACACCACUAUGCAUCGCAUCAAGCUUAAUGAUCGCAUGACUUUUCCUGAGGAGCUUGACAUGAGUCCAUUCAUUGAUGUGGAAGAUGAGAAGUCACCACAGACAGAGAGCUGCACUGAUAGUGGAGCCGAGAAUGAAGGCAGUUGUCACAGUGACCAAAUGAGCAACGAUUUCUCCACUGAUGACUGCGUGGAUGAGGGCAUCUGCUUGGACAGCACCAGCAGUACAGAGAGGGCUUUUAAGCCAAAGAGCUUGCUGACCUUUGAGCUGUUCUCAGUCAUGGUCCAUUCGGGGAGUGCUGCAGGUGGCCACUACUACGCCUGCAUCAAAUCUUUCAGUGACGGCCAGUGGUACAGUUUCAACGAUCAGCAUGUUAGCAAGAUUACACAAGAUGAUAUCAGGAAAACUUAUGGUGGAUCCUCAGGGAGCAGAGGUUACUAUUCCAGUGCCUUUGCAAGCUCCACAAAUGCAUACAUGCUGAUUUAUAGGUUGAAAGAUCCUUCAAGAAAUUCAAAGUUUCUAGCUGUAGAAGACUUCCCAAAUCACAUAAAGAGCUUGGUUCAGAAGGAGAAAGAGUCUGAGGAGCAGGAGAAACGCCAGAGGGAGAUCGAGCGCAACACAUGCAAGAUCAAACUUUUCUGCGUGCAUCCUGUGAAGAUGAUGAUAGAGAGCAAGUUGGAAGUUCACAAGGACAAAACUCUCAGAGAAGCAACAGAAAUGGCCUACAAGCUAAUGGAGCUGGAAGGUGUUGUCCCUCUGGACUGCUGUCGCUUGGUGAAGUACGAUGAGUUUCAUGAGUACCUGGAGCGAUCGUACGAAGGUGAGGAAGACACUACGAUGGGAAUUCUCCUCGGAGGUGUAAAGUCUUCGUACAUGUUCGACUUGCUGCUGGAGACCCGGAGACCAGAGCAAGUUUUCCAGCCUUACAAACCUGGAGAAGUGAUGGUGAAGGUUCAUGUGGUGGAUCUGAAGAGUGAGACCAUCGCGCCUCCAAUCAGUGUCCGAGCAUACUUGAACCAGUCAAUCACAGAAUUUAAACAGCUUAUUGAUCAGGCUACAGGACUGCCUGCAGAAACGAUGCGAGUGGUCUUGGAGCGCUGUUACAAUGACCUAAGACUCCUUUAUGUUCCAAACAAAACCCUCAAAGCUGAGGGAUUCUUCAGGAGUAACAAGGUUUUUGUGGAGAGCUCCGAGCUGACUGAUCAUCAGGUUCCAUUUACUGACUCAUUGUUGUGGAAACUGUUGGAUCGUCACGGAAACACAAUCCGUCUGUUAGUCCUGCUGCCUGAGCAGUCUCCUGGUACCCUGGCCAUCAGACCUCUUUGCCAGAAAGGAGGAGAGGACUCUGAUGGGGCCUUUGAGGGGUCACAGGGCAACAGGAAAUCUGUUGAGGCCAUCCUCGAAGAGAGCACAGAAAAGUUGAAGAAUCUCUCGCUGCAGCAGCAGCAGCAGGGCUCCAGCACCAGCGACAGCCAGAAAAGCUCUGACACCAGUGACUUUGAACAUAUUGAAUCCCCAACUCAAGACGCUGACUCAAACUCCUCCCUCUGCGUCGCUGCAGACAACAGAGAAUUAGAAAACAGGAUCAGGGCUACACCAGGGGGCAGCGGCGGCGCCUCCUCUGAUAACGAGAACCAGUUUGCCUGCGAAGAGCGAUCAGACUCGGAGGUUAACAACGACCGCAGCACCAGCUCAGUGGACAGUGAUAUUCUGAGUUCCAGCCACAGUAGCGACACCCUGUGUAACGCAGACAGCGGCCCCAUCCAGCUGGCCAAUGGCCUGGAUUCACACAGCAUCACCAGCAGCCGACGCUCCAAAGCCCACGAGGGCAAAAAAGAGACGUGGGACACCGCCGAGGAAGACUCUGGAACAGACAGUGAAUACGACGACAACGGAAAGAGCAAGACAGAAUUUAAGUAUCUGUACUUCAGAGCAGAGCCUUACUCACAGGAUGACGCUUCGUGGGAAACACAAAAAUGUUUAGUGGUUUAUGUGGACAAGAGGAUAACAUUGGCAGCCUUCAAACAGAACCUGGAACCCUACGUUGGCGUUCCCUCUACCCAGUUCAAGGUCUUUCGUGUGUAUGCCAACAACCAGGAGUUUGAGAGUGUGCGGCUCAACGAAACACUCUCAUCUUUCUCUGACGACAACAAGAUAACCAUUCGACUUGGAAGAGCUCUUAAAAAGGGUGAAUACAGAGUUAAAGUCUACCAGCUGCUUGUGAAUGAACCAGAGCCCUGCAAGUUCCUUUUGGACACGGUGUUUGCCAAAGGCAUGACUGUCAGACAGUCCAAAGAAGAGCUGCUGCCUCAGUUGAAAGAGCAGUGCAGGCUUGACCUCAGCAUUGACAGGGUUCGUCUCAGGAAAAAGACAUGGAAGAAUCCAGGCACUGUGUUUUUGGAUUACCACGUCUAUGAGGAGGACAUCAGCAUUUCCUCCAACUGGGAGGUCUUCUUGGAAGUCCUUAAUGAACCAGAGAAAAUGAAGUCAAUGUCACAGCUGGCUGUUCUGACCCGGCGGUGGAGCCCCUCUACGAUGAAGCUCGGGCCUUUCCAGGAGGUGAUUCUGGAGAGCAGCAGUGUCGAGGAACUCAAAGAGAAGCUCAGUGAAAUCAGUGGCAUUCCUUUGGAAAAUCUGGAGUUUGCAAAGGGCAGGGGAACUUUUCCAUGUGAUAUAUCUGUGUUGGAGAUCCAUCAGGAUUUAGACUGGAAUCCUAAGGUGUCAACACUUAAUGUGUGGCCUCUUUACAUCUGUGAUGAUGGAGCUGUGGUCUUUUACAGGGAUAGCACAGAGGAAACUCUUGAGUUGUCCGAGGAUGAGCGUAAUGAGCUGAUGAAGAAGGAGAGCAGCCGCCUCCUCAAGACCGGAUACCGUGUCAGCUACUCUCCACGUAAAGAGAAGGCCCUGAAGAUCUACCUGGAUGGCGGCCCUGUUAAAGACCCAGGACAAGACUGAAGCACAAAGAAAUCCCUCUCGUCUCUGCAGAUGGUCUGGUUGCUACAGGAGAGCAGCCAGACAUCAGAACUGUGAAUGUCAGGCCCAGUAGUGACAUCAAAUUUAAGCAGCACUGUGAGGCCGAUGUGCUCACCCUUCACCCUGAGCCUCGGGGUAGGCUCAGGAACCCUGUUGUGCACUAUAGUGUAUUGUACUGUAAAGUUCAAAGGGAUGUACAAACAGCUAUUUGCAGGAAAGAAUCAAAUAUUGUAUUGACAAAUCAAAGAAAAAAGCUUCAGGGAUGGAUGGGGGAGAGGUGGUGAAGCUGGUCGGAAAGGCAUCUGUCGUCCCUGUGAGUCUCGUCUCCUUUGAAACCAGGCUCUCUAUGCCUGACAUUGUGUAAUCAUCUUCCUGUUCUGGACAAGACUGAUUCUGAUUCACCUGUGACUGUUGGAGCACAGCUCUGUCUUUGGUUGUCCCUUUUAUGAUUGUGUAAAAAAAAAAAAAAAAACUAAAUACAACGAACUACUUAUCCAGCCUUCCUCAGUCUCACCUCUCCUGGAGAGGUAAGCCUCACUUUCUCAGUGACUUUGAAAUUCAAACCUCACCCAUUCACACAACUCAGUGAAUUAAAAAAAUCCUCUAACAUGCUUCUGUAAGGUCCAAAGACUUGUUGUCUUAUGGGUCCUCCUUAAUGCUGCUCUAAACGCAUUCAGGAUCUUCACUUCCUCUAUGUGUAGCGUCUCAUGGGGUCUGUUAGAAUGAAGUUCAAUGAAACAAAACAGAUCAGAGGAGUUCAGAGGAUCAGUGGUUUGUUUAAUAUAAAUUAUUUUGUUUCUCAAGACUUAAUUCUGCUGUGAGGCAUCAGACAGACCUGUUGUCUCUAACAUUUAAUUUAGAAAGUAUAUCUUUGUUUUUUUUCACCAUGUGAACUGGCCAUUCAUGUCAUUAGCUGUGGUUACAUGGACAAAAUACAUUGAAAUAAAUGACUGAUCAGAAUAAAAAUGUUAUGUAAACACGCCAUUCGGAAUCAGAUCAGAGUAGUUCGGAUCAAAAUUUCCUUCUGAUGGAGAUUGGUGGGUUACGCCGAUUGUUGAUCCGUGGUGCGUACAAACAGUUUAUUCCAAUUGUGGGUCAUUACUGCGCUGGUUGUACGUCAUGCAUAUAGACAGUGUGGCGCUCCAGAGAAGGCUUUGGAGCGCGAACAGGACCGGCUGGCUGCUACGCAAGCGAACCAUGUCUUUAAGUAGAGCAGCCGGACUUGUAGCUUGGUGUUUGCUGGCAGGGCAGGGUGCUUUGUUACAGUGUGCCCUCCAGAGGAGGCCUCGGACCACCGUCUGUCGGGCUGCUUUGCAUCAGCGAGCUGCUGGACUCAGAACUUUGUCUCCUGGGAGAACGGUGUCUCCGAGCAGAGGAGCGCCUUUGGGACGGAGCUUUUCAGUGCGGAUAUGUCGCUCCUCACAGUCCUGAGAAACCAUGUAAACAGUCGUGAUUUAUGUUACUUAUCGUGUCCAGACAAAAAUAAAGGCUGAUUAUAUUCCCAUA